CAACCGUCGUCCUCUUGGCAGUUUAGCAUCAAGCUGGCUAAGAAGCUAACCUGUAGAAACACAGACAUAUCUGUUCACCCUCUUUGGUUAUGAAUUUCGCUUGGAUUUACUGAAGUUACCAGUCGUCCAAGUGACUAAAUCGAAGGCCCGGUCGAAGAUGCAGUUCAUGCUGUUGUUUAGCCGGCAGGGAAAGCUGCGGUUACAGAAAUGGUACGUGCCUUUGUCUGACAAGGAGAGGAAGAAGAUCUCCAGAGACCUGGUCCAGACCAUACUGGCCAGGAAGCCCAAGAUGUGCAGCUUCUUGGAGUGGAGGGACCUCAAGAUUGUGUACAAGAGAUACGCGAGCCUGUAUUUCUGCUGUGCAGUUGAGGAUCAGGAUAAUGAGCUGAUCACCCUGGAGAUCAUCCACAGAUAUGUGGAGCUGCUGGACAAAUAUUUUGGAAGUGUGUGCGAGCUGGAUAUUAUCUUCAACUUUGAGAAGGCCUACUUUAUCCUGGAUGAGUUCCUGCUGGGUGGAGAGGCCCAGGAAACAUCCAAGAAGAACGUGCUAAAGGCCAUAGAGCAGGCUGACCUGCUGCAGGAGGAGGCUGAGGCACCGCGGAGUGUUCUAGAAGAAAUUGGUUUGACAUAAAUCAUCACACAGCUGCCUCGCAGUUCUGUCUCCCAGACGCAGAUCUGGCAACCUCCCUGUCUCUAUCCUGUCUUCUCCUGUUCAGUGUCAGUGUUGUAUGUAUAUAAUCACAAUCUAUGUACUGUAUUAUUCUGUACUGUACUAUCCUGUAAUGUCCUUUUAAUGUGGUGCCAACUGUGGUUUUAAUGUGUCUCCUAUGAGCAAGCUCCCUCACUGUGUUCUGCAGUACUUAUCAGCAUAUUUCACUCCCUAACUUCUGAAAACUCACAGAGUACAAUGUAGCGACCACACGACAACUCCAUCAUCACUGAUUGCAGAGUCAUAUGUGCUGUUUGAUUUUAAGGACUUUCUAAGGUGCUGUUGUAGCCGCAGUUGGUGCUUCUCGUGUAUUACCAUCACACUGACAGAGCUAAGCAUCCGAUUAAACAACAAAUUAAUACUCUGCGAUGUUUGAAAAAUCCAGAAUGUUGUUUAACAAAAUUUACAGCUUUUCUGACAGUAUUUCCUUAAUCCACAAAGAUUCUUCUAACCAUCUGGAUGAAAAUAUUCUGUCCGCUGCAUAAUAGAAAAAACCUGUUUUUCAAAUUGACUCUUCCUGAUCCAGGUCAGUGGAAAUGACACGUCCUUGCUCUUUUUGCAAAACAGCAAAGUAUUAAUGAAUUAUUUUGUUUCUAAAUAUCAAAUACUGGAAAAAACAUCAAUAUAUAACAGCAACUACUAUAUUUUAAGUUUGGUUCAUGUCUUGAUGUCUUCAUUAUCUUUGUAUUAGGAAAAAGGUACAACUUGUGAAACGGGUUAAAAAUCGUAAUUUAAUGCAGUGGAUGGAAUGUUUUUCAUCCAGAUGGUUAAAGGAGUCUUCAGAAGACUUCAGAACAGCAGUGAGUGUUGCUAAAUGACCAGUUUUUCUGUUUAAGAUCUUGUAUUUUAUUUUUUAAACAAGCUGAUGCUCAGCUCUCUAAUGUAAUGCUAACCCAUGACAGGCAGCAAGUGGGGCUAGAGCUAUUGUAGGAAUCACCGGCACUGUUACGAUCACUUAUACACGGGUUGAGCCAACCCACCAAUUCAGUGGUAUUAAAGAAUUACCCAUAAUCAGCAUCGGUGUACACGUCAAGUCGGUUUGUGUUUGGUGAGUCUCCUCCAGAAAUUAAUCAUUUUGUAUUUCCUUUUCAAGAUUGAGCUGUUUUGUGUAAUUGGUGUCUUAUCUGUGAAAAUUUGUCAUUCUGAUGUCUUUAUUUUUCUGACAGAAACAUUUGUUUAACACUGAAGCUUGUAAUGGCCUCUGGAGAUAAAUCUUAGGUCAGGAUACGAUAGUCACCCAAAAAAAGAACCCAAACACUAUUUUAUGUAUUAUGAUAGUUUGGCUUACUCUUAAUGACUAACAUGACCAAAGAACACUGUGUUUUACCUUCUCGAUGGUGUCUACAGAAGGCUAACAUGGCAGAAAAGGGAUUUAUGACUGCAAGAUGUUUGAAGAAAACAUGAAUGUGAGGACUAUUUGGCCACAAUAAACCAGUAUUAUAUAAUUAUUCCAAUCCAUUUAAAGACAGGCCUGUCCUGAGAUUCUUUAUGGAGUAGGAACAGAAGAAGAUGAACUGCACAUAUCAGGGUACAUCAUUAAUAUUCAUCACUCUCAGCUUGUUCACUUGUUGGUAGGACGCAGGAAAACAAGCCAACAAGUAAUGAAUAGAUACUCAUCCCAAACUGAGGCAGUCACAUUUUUUUAUCUGCAUUCUGAAAACCACAAAGUGUUUUUGUUGAGUAAAUAAUUAUUAAACAAGUUUUGAUUUGUGCAAGAAAAAAAUCACCUUUUGUAUUAAACACUGCCAACACAUUUGCCAACAUUUUUUUUCUUAUAUUUGAAAGUUAUUAACAAUAAAUGUAUU